UAUGGAGGGCAAAACAAAGAAGCCUUCAGGCUGAAAAGAGAGUUUGGCUGCCGCCACGUUGAGCCGUUGAAAGAAGUAGCUGUUAAAUGAGUAAACAGGGCAGUGAGGGGGCAGGAAGACCGAACCACAUCCCACACACACUCACACACACACUCACACUCUCACACACACUCACACUCUCACACACACAGCGCUAAAGCUAACAAAGCUCACAAACUGCUAACGCACAACACAAAGAUUCCCGCUAAACGGAGAGAGCGGGUUCUUCAGAUGCUUCUCUAACACGCCGCGGGGUCGAGCCGAGGAGGACGUGGGGUUUUCUCUGUUUAAAUACGUGUUUUUUGUGGAUUUAUGGAACUUUUCUCCGAGCGGGAAAAACGGAAAUGCCCCAAACGCGCAAAGCCGAGAUUUUCCCGCCAAAAACCAUGCGGCGCCGUGGUGGAAGCACAGUCGAAUGCGCUAGCCUUUGCUCUCAUGUUGUCGUGUUUGAUCAUCUUGUUCGUGCUCAGUUUGCUGUCUUUGCCGAUCCCCGCGCCGGACACGCCCACCCAGCGACCCGAAAUGAAGAACUCGACUCUUCUCAUCUGGUGGCUUCCGUUCGGAAGUGGACUUCCUCUUCCCGACUGCGAGCUGAACUACAGCGCUCGAGGCUGCACCGUGACGUCAGACAGACGCGCCUACGCUCACGCUGACGCCGUCAUCAUGCACCACCGUGAGCUGAUUAUAAACUGGGAGGAGCUUCCAGAGAAGCCACGCCCCCCAGCUCAGAAGUGGAUCUGGAUGAACUUCGAGUCUCCGUCGCACUCCGGGUUUCUGCACCGGCUCGACGGGAUGUUUAAUCUCACCAUGUCGUACCGUGUGGGUUCUGAUAUUUUUCUACCCUACGGUUACCUUCAGCGGCGGCGUUUCCAUGGUAACAGACCGGUCCGUGUGGAGCGUCAUCGUGGACUGGUAGCGUGGGUGAUCAGUAACUGGAGCGAGGAGCAGGAGAGGGUGCAGUUCUACUACCGACUGCAGCCUUACCUGCACGUGGACAUUUACGGACGUGAUUUUCGCCCGCUGCUCAACGACAGCGUGGUGGAAACGGUCUCGCGUUACAAGUUCUACCUCGCGUUUGAAAACUCGUGUCACACGGACUACAUUACGGAGAAACUCUGGCGCAACGCUCUGGUCUCCGGCGCCGUUCCUGUAGUGCUCGGGCCACCGCGAGUGAACUACGAGCGCUUCCUUCCUGCCGACGCCUUCAUCCACGCUGAGGAUUUUAAAGGGCCACGCGCACUCGCUGCCUACCUCAAACACCUGGACCGUAACCCCGCCCUCUAUCGUCGUUACCAGCGCUGGAGGCGGGACUACGACGUGCACGUGACCUCGUUCUGGGCGGAGCACUUCUGUGCCGCGUGCCAGGCGGUGCAAGCCAGCCUCCAUGUGAACAAAACCAUUAGACACCUGGCGUUGUGGUUUGAGUCUUGAGGGACUUCUCGGCUCCACGCUGGUGGUUCUUUCCCUUUUCACUCACGGAUGUGGUUGAGAGGGGUGCCAAUACAUUGUGCCAGGUGGACUACCGUCAAUAAUUCUACACCUACAGUGAUGUAUGUGUUCAGAGAACUCGGCGUAUAAGUCCCAGGUCCUGAGUUAAAGCUUGUUUUGUUUCAUUUCUUCCGAAUGACCCGGCGUGUCAUGACCUCGGCUCCUGGCUGUCUGAUGAACUUCGGUUGUGUUUCUGUGGAUGUUCCUGGUCACAGUGUGCAUGCAGAAAAAACAAAGACACGGUUCAUUUCCUGAACGCAUCAGUACUGCUCAAGCUGUGAGGAUAAUUCAUUGGGAUAAGAUCUCAGAGCUCGGGGCAGGAUGCCGUCAACGUGCUCGUUUGUUAUUUAAGGGAAGUCUGGCCGAACACGAAACGCACACGACGAGCCUCAUUUAUCAGCCGUGUGUUAGAGGUAAAACGUCCCGCUUCAUCAUCUUCUUCCUACGCAUGUGCGCGUGGAAUUCCGUGGAGUUUUUGGUGAUCGCUGCGUCUGAAAACGCUCGACUGGUUUUACUGCCGCUUUUUUGCAUAUCUGCGCUGCAACCUGCUGGGGGUUUUUUUGUCCUUUUUUCGGCGUGAAACCGCUCGACUCGGCGAAAUCACAGUCGCAGGAAACAGUUCUGCGCUCUUUCGCGGUGAUGUUCGUUGGUAAACGAGACCUUUUAGCUGCGCUGCGAUGACGUCACAUGACGCGGAAAAUCUUUUUGGAAAACUGCAGCUCCUCCGAAUGUUGCGGAGUUGGUUUGAUUUUGCGUUCAUUUCUGUGAAGUCCUGGAAGGACUGAUUCACGUAUAUGUCAAGUGCCAAUCAGCUGCAUGCUACCAAGUGCCUUCAUGGCACAUUUAUAUUUAGCCACGCCCACAAAACUCCAUAAAAAUGUCAAUCUCACAGAAAGAUGAAAAUGACUAAAACGGUUCACUGAGUGAAUCUUCCAGUAAAGCAGCUUGUCCAACGCAGGCACACACUAACUCCUCCUCCUGUUAGGGCGCCAUUACUUUCCCCUCAUCAAAUGAUUCGUCUUCAUUUAUGGAUUUGUUUCGGAUGGAAGGAUUUCUUUCAGGUCAAAUCACAGAAUGAUUAUUAAAUGGUUGUGUAGCUGAAAUAAAUAACCGAUUUAAUCUCCACGUUGUAAUGUUUCUAAAACCUCCUCGACGACCACACGGCGAAUUAAAUGGUCCGAUUAAAGCCCCUCAGGCCAGAGCCUCGUCAUACAGACUAUUUCACUGCAGUUACAGCUUUAUUAUUAAUAGUUAAUAAACUACUGGCCUGAUGAAUAAAUAAAGCUGGGAGUUUAUCCACGAGAGCUUUACGCUUCUGCAUAUUUACCAGUUUUUUAUAAGCUACAUUUAAUAGUGAAUGAAAACGCCCCAUUUCUGAUCGGUCUGUCGUAUAUAAUGUCAUUUUGUCGGCACAGGAAGAUUCAUGAUGCACACACCUGCUGCAGAAACAGCAUUACGACUGGUGUAGGAAGGGAAUAAAUAAACAUAUGAUCUGGAUUGAAAGCUGUGGAUUGUUCAGAGCAGAAUGAACGUUUACCUUGUGGAUUUCGACACUAUGAGUGGCCUUGCAAUCAUGAGUUUUAUGCCUCUGCCACUAGGGGGUGGUGUUUUCAGCUUCUCCAUCUGUGCGUCCAUGCGAGAGUUUCAGACCCACAGUGCCUGAAGGACCAGAGGUGGAUUGUUUGUAGGAUUUGUUUGGAGUUACAGCACGAUUGUAACCAGCAGAUAAACUGAUUAGAUUUAGGAAUGAACCCAAACAGUGAAAUCUGAAGGUCACAGCAAGAUCGAAUAUUUUAAGAGGAUUUCUGGCCUACAUGUUAGUAAGGAGACGGAGCAGACUCGGUGGAGGUGGUGGUGCUGACGGAGGCGUUCGCUUCGACAUCGCUGGGGUUUUUUUUGCCCCUGUUAAGCCACGGAUCUCUGCGACAAGACGAAAUUCAAAUAAUUCUCCACGAGAAAUAAUAAAUGAUUAAACAUUAUGUAAGACUUGAUCUUUCAUGCUACGGAUGCCGUCAGAGAUUAGUACCGAGCAUGCGCAUAAAGAUAAGGCAUUUCAAAUAAUGACCAAGUUAACAUAAACCGUACUUAUGCCUGCAGUGCAUUAUGGGUAAUAAACGAGGCUCCUCAUGGUGGGAGAAUUUAAACAGUAAAUACAGUAUUAUUAAAACAGAAAUGUCUGUUGGAUUUAUUCGAAAUAUUUUUCGUCAGUCUGCGAUUGUUCUAAAUAGCUGUGGUGAUUACUCAGAGUGUGCUGAGUAUGUCUCGCUAUCUCACAGUGCUGAUGGAGACACACACACACACACACACACACACACACACACACACACA